AUGAUUAAUUUAGAAUUGAAUUCAAUUUCAUUCUUAGGUUAUCAAAUUAAUUAUGAAGCAGCAAAAGAGACACUUUCUGAAUUAUCAACAUCUUUUUCAUUACCUUGGCCUUCUGAUAAAAGCCGAAGAAGUGAUUCAGCAAGUUCUAUAUUAAAUUUUCCCUUAACUGAGGAAAAUAGUUUUUUAACAGAAUUAUCAAAACAUCAAAAAAAAUCAAAAUUAACAAAUUUAUAUAAUUUACAAAAUAAUAAUAAUCUUUCACAUGUCAAAAAUUUAAAUGUCAUUGAAUCUUUACCUAUUCCAAUAGAUUAUCAGAUAAGAAGACAUUCAAUUGGUAGUGCAGCUCGUAAAUCACAUAAACAUAAGAUUAAAAAAUUAUUAAGUAAUCAAGGAUCAAUUUCACCUAAUACAAUGCCUGAAAUAAUUAGACAUUCAUCAACAAAUUCCAGUAUCCAAUCUUCGAGACCUUCAGAUUUUAGUCAAGAUACAGAUUCUGAGACGAAUCCACUUUCAGAUGCAGAAAUAUUAGAAUCUGUACCUAUAGAACCUGAAGUUUCUUCAUUAUUACUUAAAAUGGAAGAAUUAAAUAAAAUUAUUGAAACGGAUGCUAGAAGUGUUAUUUCACAUAAAAGUGCCUCGUUGUCAUCAGAAUUGAAUACAGAGACAAACUCUCCAACCAGAUCAUCUAGUGGAAGUUGUAGACAAAAUUCAUGCCAUUUAGAUGAUGAAGAUAAUAUUGAUUUAUGGACUGUUUGGGGAAAUUUAGUUAAAAAUUGGGAAUAUGAAAUGAAAAAACGCCCAAAUGAUGUUAAAGAUUUGGUUCGUCGUGGUAUUCCACAACAUUUUCGUACCAUAACAUGGCAAUUAUUAAGUAGAGCUAAUUCUAAUAAUAUUCAUGAUAUUUAUACAGAUUACCUACGUCAACAUUCACCAUAUGAAAAAGUAAUAAUGCGUGACAUACCAAGAACAUAUCCUGAGUUAAAAUUUUUUAAAGAAGGUGGACGUGGACAACCAUCAUUAUUUAAUGUUAUUAAAGCAUAUAGUAUUCAUGAUAAAGAAGUUGGAUAUUGUCAAGGAUCUGCAUUUAUUGUUGGUCAGUUACUUCUUCAAAUGCCUGAAGAGGAGGCUUUUGCUGUAUUUAUACGUUUAAUGGAAGACUAUCGACUUAGAGAAUUAUAUAAACCAACAAUGACUGACUUGGGUCUUUGUAUGUUUCAAUUAGAAUGUAUGGUACAAGAACAGAUGCCUGAUUUAUAUACACAUUUUAAUAAUAUGGGAUUUGAUACUAGUAUGUAUGCUAGUUCCUGGUUUUUAACAUUAUUUACAACAUCUCUACCAUUAGACUUAGCUAAUAGAAUUAUGGAUUUUUUUUUAGUUGAUGGUAUGGAUGCAAUUUUUAGAAUAGCUAUGGCUAUCCUUCAACAGGCACGAUUUGAUCUUUUACGCCUUGACAUGGAAGGAAUGUUAAAAUAUUUUCAAAGAGAUAUUAAAGAAAGGUAUGAAAAUGAUCAUGAUUUAUUAUUUACUGUAGCAUGUCAAAUAACCUUAAAUGCAAAAAAAAUGAAAAAACUUGAAAAAGAGUAUAUGACUAAGAGAUCAAAAGAACAGGAAGAGGCUAUUGAACUUCGGAGACUACGUACAGAAAAUAGGUUGUUAAGACAAAGAAUAGAUUAUUUGGAACAGGAAUCAUCAGCACUUGCUGAUCGCCUAAUUCGUGGUCAAGUAGAUCUAGCACAAAAAGCCGAAAAUUGUUUAAAUAUUUCACAUGAAUUAAAUAUUUUAAGAGAUAUAAAUAGUAAUGCUCAUAAAAGAUUAGAAGAGGCUUUUGAAACAAUAAGAGAAUUAAGUUCAAGACCUAAAAAUGGUAAUGUUACUUAUGUUGAUACAUCUAUUCAAGUUGAUGAUACAACAAUGAUAGAACAUAUACAUCAACUUCAACAAGAAUUAAUUGAAACACAUUCAAAAAAAAAUGAUUUAGAAAAUGCUAUUAGGGAAUGUAAAUUAAGACUUCAGGAGGUUGAAUUGACUAAUAAAAGACUUCGUGAACAACCACCAGAUGAUGGGAUUGCUGGUUUACAGGAAGAAUUAAUUUCUGUUAAGAUGAGAGAAGCAGAAGCUUCAUUAUCAUUAAAAGAAAUGAGACAACGUUUUUCUGAGUUAGAACAACAAUGGGCUAAAUAUGUACAUGCUAGAACUUUUGGGGCACAGGCUAUGGCAAUCCAAAGUUUUGAUACAUUACCAAAAAAUGAUGAAGAUUCUGGUGUAAUGAAUAGUCCAGAUACUGGAUCUCCCUCUUCUCAUACUCAAUCAUUAUCAACAUCUCAACAACAACCAACAUCAGCCAGGGGAAGGCUAGCUAAUUUGACUGCUAAAUUAAUGGGUGCAGGAUUUGGAAUUAGUAAUGAAGAGUCUAAUGAUAUGGGAAUGUCAAUGAAAGAGAUGGAAGAUCAAUUAAUGGGACUUAGAAUUCGUGAAGCUGAUGCUGUUGCAGAGUUAAAAGAAAUGAGGCAAAAAGUAAUGGAACUUGAGACACAAAAUCAUGUUUGUACUAAUCAAUUAAAAAGACAAGAUGAAGAAUUAAAAAAAUUAUUAACAGAAUGUGAAAGUAGUAAAAAAAUUGAAAAAGAAUCUGCAGAACAAUUAAAGGAAGAACAAAGAAAAAGUGUAGAACUUCAAAGUGAAUUAAAAGAAAAAGCUGUUAUACAAAGGUUAAAAUAUACAGAAGCUUUGAAUAGUAUUGCUGAAUUAAAACAACAAAUAGCACAUUACGAAAGUAUGAAUGCUGAAAAGUUGGCUUGUGCUCAGUUAAGAGGCACAAGUAUUUGUGAUAUGGAUGAUGAUUCUAAUACAUCACAUAAAAGUUUUAACUUCAAUGGUGAUGGAGGAUCAUUAGCUUCUGAGGAAAUGUCAGUAUUGAUAGCAGAUGUAACAAUAAAAAUUCCAGAAUAUACUCCUGAUGAAAGAAAAUAUCUUGAUUCAGAUGAAGAUAUAAAUGAAACAGAAGAAAAAACACGAAGACCUUUCCGUAAAAGUGAAAAUUGUAAAGUUGAAGGAAUUUCAGAAACCAAUAAAUUCCGGGUACGAGAGGAUGAAAAUGAUACAACUGAUAGUGGUUUGAAUCUUAGUGACAAUUAA